AUGUCCCAGGCCUCUGGCCUGGCCCAGCUGGACUACAAAGCCAUCGCGAAGUUUUAUGGAGAGGGAAUUACCCCGACCGCGCUGGAGUUCAAGUUGCGCGGCUACAAGAGGCUGGCCCAGAAUCUGAGGGACGACGCCUCCGAACAAGGCGACUGUCUGACUUCGUCAGUCAGAACCCCACGAGCUCGUGUCCCUCGCUCGACUAGCCGUUCUGGCAAGUCAGCUACUUUACCAAAGGGGAAGAAAGGCCUUGAAGGAAAAUCAUAUUCGACCACUGAGCCGACCGAGCAAAACCCCUCGCCAUCUGUCAAGACUGAGCCAAUCAUUAUCAAGGAUGAAUCAGACACUGAGGACAUCAAGAAGGAGAUCAGAGACGAUGCCAAAGCGACUUUCAUUUUCGAAGAUACCGACACAGAUCUCGAAGUCAUUGAUUCCGAAAUCAAGCGUGACAAUGGAAACACCCGGGCUUUGUUGAAGAUAAAGAGCCGAGUCCGUCGGCCUACUGAAGAGGUUCCCAGCAAGCGUCACAAACGACACCACUCUGAUUUCCCCACCACUCUGCCAAAUCUGCUGGCUCCCGAGCACUCAGUUCGUAUUGAUAGCCAGUCCAACGGCUACAUGCUCCCUAAAACUGCUAGUCAUGCUCGUUUCCCCAUCCCUGCUGUCCGCUGUCCAACCACAAGCAUGACUGAGCGGCUGAGCCUGACUGCUUACGCCGAGGAUGAGAACUCAGAGACCGAGUAUUCUCGGCCAACCAGAGGUGCGGUCCAUCGACCAUACGCUCCUGUGGAAGAGAUUUGA